AUGUCGUCCUCGUCCUCCACGCCGCCCGAUACCAUAAUGGUAUCGGACCCAGCCGCCGACAGGCAGCUAUCGGAUGGAGACCGCUUCACGGUGGAAGCUCCGGCAGGAGGCAACUCGAGCGUGCCCAAGCCCAAACGCCUGGCCUGCAUGAUUUGCCGAAAGAGGAAAUUGAAAUGCGACGGCAACAAGCCCAGCUGCAGCACCUGUUCGCGCCUAGGCCACACGUGCGCCUACGAUGAGGUCAGGAGGAAGAGCGGGCCCAAGAGAGGUUACGUGAAGGCGCUUGAGGAGCGGCUGAAGCAAGUUGAGACUUUGUUGAAGACGCAGGAGAUCUCGUCGAGCUCCGAGGGAAGCAAGGGGGUGCCCAUAUCCGUUGACGGCCCCGCGAAGCAGCCUCUGAACCAGCGGGCAGCCGCGGCAGCGAACUUCAAUGUCACGGACCCGUCGAUUGGAAUUGCAAGCGGCCGCGACAUGGAUCGCUGGCACUUCAACGCCGAGUCUCCGAACGGCCCGAUCGACGACUUCAACAACUUCAGCAGCGGCAUGGGCAUGGGCAUGGGCGGUGUUGACAACAAUUUCACAUGGGAGAUGAUAGGCCUGGGCCUGGAGGAGCCCUUACCGGCCCAGGAGACGAUUGAUGAGUUACAUCAGAUCUACUUUGAGAAAAUUCACCCUUCAGUGCCCAUGAUACACAAAUAUCGAUAUUUGGCUGCCAUGAACCUCGCUCCGUCCCAGCGUCCACCCGUCUGUCUGCGGUAUGCCAUGUGGACACUGGCAUGCUCAGUCACGGAUAAGUUCCACACCCUAAAGGACCUGUUCUACCAGCGCGCAAGGAAAUACCUUGAGUCGGAUUACAUCAAGGGUUACGGGGAACACAUGAUUUCCGUUGCCCAUGCUCAGACGCACAUCCUCCUGGCGUCGUACGAGUUCAAAUGGAUGUAUUUCCCACGGGCAUGGAUGAGUACCGGGUCGGGAAUUCGGUUGUGUCAGAUGGUCGGUCUCCACCGCCUCGACGGGGCGGGUCUAGAUGUGAAGCAGUGCUUGCCACCACCUCGGGACUGGACAGAGAGAGAAGAGAGGAGGAGGACCUUCUGGAUGGCUUUCAGCCUUGACCGAUUCGCGAGCAUUGGCACCGGCUGGCCCAUGGCCAUUGACGAAAAAGACAUUCUAACCAACCUGCCCGCAUCCGACGACGCCUUCGAGUUGAGCCGCCCCGAGCAGGCACCCAGCCUGCAGGACGCCAUGUGCCCUGCCGGCGCCGGGAAGCUAUCGCCAUUCGGAGGCAUUGUCCUAAUGGCCUGCCUGUUUGGACGCAAUCUCGUCCACCUGCACCGACCGGAUGUGGAUGAUCGAGAUCACGAUCUGAACGGCGAGUUCUGGAAGAGGCAUCGUCAGAUGGACAACAUCCUCCUCAACACAUCCCUCUGUCUACCUCCCGAACUAAAGUUGCCUGCCGGACUGCAGAACCCGAGCAUCGUGUUUACAAACAUGUGUAUACACACGUCAACCAUAUGCCUGCAUCAAGCGGCUAUUUUUAAAGCCGACAAGAAUAGGUUACCUGCUUCGGUCAGCUCAGAAAGCAAGGUACGGUGUAUCACCGCGGCAAAUGAGAUUGCGAGCAUCAUGAGGAUGAUUUCUCAUCUAGAUCUCUCUGUGAUGAACCCCUUUAUCUCUUUCUGCCUCUACGUAUCGGCUCGUGUAUUUGUACAGUACCUGAAAAGCCGGCCGGACGACAGCCAAACCGCCGAUUCGCUGCGGUUUCUCUUAGCCGCGAUGAAUGCGCUCAAGAGAAGGAAUCCCCUCACCGAGUCCUUCCUAGUCCAGCUGGAUGUGGAUCUCGAAGCACUGGGCGUCCGUAUCCCCAAGCUGAAGACUGCCUUCCCGCGUAGCAGCGACAGCCCGAGCUCACCAGGGCAAUUGCCCCAUGCUCUCGUGGAGCGCGCCCGCAAGGAGAGCAACGGGCAACCGAAGAGGGGAAUGGGCAUUCUUGGUUAUUCCAACGAAUGCCACUUCAUGAAAGCCAAAGGCGACGACGGUAACCCUGCCAACGCACCAGACAUCGUUGACGUGGACUCGGGCAAUCCCGUCGCGCAGGCCUUCUCGACAGCCGAGCAACCCACCACCACCGCCUUGCCCACGCGCGAGCCCAUCCGUACCUCGCCAUACCUACCCACGCACGGCCUCGUUCCGCCUUCCUUCCCGAGCUACGGCUUGCCCGACAUGGACUCGGCGAGCACUAACGACAUGUCCGGCGCGUCUCCAGACAACGGUCAAUCCAACCGGCCGACGCCCACGUCAAGCACGGCGUCCGAAAACCGGCAGAACCUGACGCCCGGCGUGCACAUGAACCACCGCACGGGCGGGAGCUCCUUCGAGACAAGCCCCGUAGUUCCGCAUCAGACCCUCAACUUGUCGCCCGCCGCCGCAGCGAACCAAGGCGAGGUGGAUCGCGGCGGCUUCUACGGCGACCCUUCCCCCUUCAGCAUCCCCUCGGGCGUCGCCUCCGGUCUGACUCCUCCCGGCCAGCGCUUCGCCAUGCCCGAUACCCCGGGCGCCGCCGGCGGCCACCACUCCCACUCCGGCGGCGGCGGCGACUUCUCGUCCAUGCCCCCCGGAUGGCCCGAAAUGGCGUCCCAAUCGGGCAUGACCCCCGUUGGGGAGGGCGUCAUGCGGUCCAUCAUGCUCGGACCCAUAGAGACGAUGGACCUAGGGUGGGAU